UUCAUCUUUCUUUUUUUUUUUUUUGCAUGGUUUCACCAAUUAAAUUUAACUUUCAUAUUCCUACGUUCUGUCUCUCCUGCAGCUUUUUGUCUUGUAUUCCACGUAUACUCUCUAGUUAAUUUCUCAAAUGGAAAAUUAUGGUGCUGACAAUAAUGGGGAGCUUAAUAGAAUUAUAAGUGAAUUAACUCAGGGUAGGGACCUAGUUCAUCAGCUCCAACUCCAACUCAAUGCUCCUUAUUCCUCCUCUUCUUCUUCCCCCGAAACAACUCGGGAUUUCUUGCUUCACAAUAUCCAAUCCAAAUUUGACAAGGCUCUUUCUUUGCUCCAGUACAGUACUGAAGACACUUGUAAUUCACUACUACCACUUUCCAAUUCUGUGCCAAUAUACAAUUUUGGAAGGUCUGAAUCUCCACCAUCUUUCACUGCGAGUCCCCCUCAUAGUGAAGAUUCUGAUCGUGACCUUGAACCCAAAGACCCUACUACCCGCAAGAGAAAAAGCAGUACGCCACGGUGGACAAAGCGAGUUCAACUUUGUCCCGGGGCACCAAUUGAAGGGACUUUAGAUGAUGGUUUUAGUUGGAGAAAAUAUGGGCAGAAAGAUAUUCUUGGUGCCAAAUAUCCAAGAGGAUAUUACAGAUGUACACUUCGACAUGUCCAAGGUUGUUUGGCUACAAAACAAGUUCAAAGAGCCGAUGAAGAUCCCACAAUAUUUGAAGUGACUUAUAGAGGAAGACACACUUGUAAUCAAGGUGGUGGUAAUGCCAAUAAUAAUGUCAUGAAUCCAGCACCUUUGACGAUAAUACCUCAAAAUCAAGAACAAAACUUAGGAGCUGGAUCAAGAAAUGAACAUCAGCAAAUAGUCUCUGUACCCCAACAAAAUCCACAGGAAAUCCUCUUGAAUUUUCAGAGAAACCUCAAUAUCUCCAACGACAAUAAUUUCAACUUCAAUACUGAUCCUAACAAUGUGCCAUUUUCAACUUUUGCUUCAUCGUCCGAUAUCAAGUCUGAUCAAGAUUACAGCUUUGUGCCUAAUUCCAUUAUUCAAAGCGACAACUUUGUUGAGAAUUUUUCCCAAUCCUAUAUGUCUGCAGGAACUUCAGGGUCGUCGUCAAAUUAUUUUGGGAUGUCUUCUAAUUCUGAAAUGAACAAUUUUGGAGGGAAGCAAAAUGGUUCAAAUGACUACCAAUUUAACUCAAUGGGAUAUGAAUCAAACUUCCCAUUUGAUUAUCAGGGGUUCUCUUCCUAAUCCCACCAGAUGUUCCAAUGCGAAGACGUAACUUAACCAAGAUGAUGAGCUGCUGUUAACCACUAAAAUCAGGGAUUAACGAGCUGGUGAAGCUGAGCCAAGGACAAUUUUGCACCAUUUCUUUUAGCAAACAAUUGCAUUAGGAUUGAAGCAAGCUAGUUUAACCGAUUUCUAUUAAAAUAAUAGUAGUAUCUGUUUUGUUCUCAUGUGAUCAUCUUUACGUUGUACUUUCUGAAUUAAUUUCUAUUGGAAGCUUUAAAGUUAGCUGUUUGGAGUUAA